UAGGCACCUACCUAGUUAAUCGUCAUAUCGCUGCCCUCGACGACCAGUCAGAUCCACACGGAUCAAUAUUGCCUUAUUAAUCGCGCUCAUAUCUAUACCGCGCCGCUAUAAUUGACUGGUUGACUCCUCCACAAUCAGCCACCAGAAGAGUAAAUCGCGACUACGGUCGGUCGGUCGGUCGAAGGGUAGGAGUCGUUCGUUUCGAUCCCCAGCACCUUUAGCGCUCCCUCCCGGUUGCGCAGUUUGUAUCCAGCAAGCAUAUUGAACGAUCGCGUUGUUGUACGGUUGCGGUUUGGUGGUCGAUCGCGGUGAUCACGUCAGAAGUCAGAAGAGUUGGUACCAAAGAGAGCCAGUCUCAGCUGUGUGUAAUUCAAGGCAUAUGCUAAAACCGCCGCCGACACUCUCCGGUUGUUGGUUGGUCCCGUGCGGCGCGUUUCAGUGAUUGUGGUGUGUUGUGUUGUCUAUCGCGCGGAGUGCGUUCGGGUUCGUUCGAUUCAAUUAUCGGUGCAAAUGUUUGGAAAAGUGCGAUUUUCGGUGUGAAACUGUGCGAAUCCGGGAAAUCUACAAGGUCAAAGUGAUCGGUGUCGGUGUGAAUCUGGGAACUGUGAGAUUUGUUUCAGAUUUGAGGUUGAAAUUCAUCGUAGAAUUGGUGUGGGACGGUCAGUGGUACUCCGGAGAUACAGUGAUUCAAGCUACGUCAAGAUAAAUUCCAGAACAAAUUUGACAAAUAGCAGUGCAGAGUUAGUAAUUGGGAGACAGCUAAAAUGACUGAUGCUUUACUCGCCGAUCUGCAGAACACUGUCCCAGGGCAUAAUCAACAUGUUGGUGGUGGUGGUUCCUCGGUUCCCGGUUAUGGUAGCCUGAAUGGCGUACGGAACAAACAAACGCCAAGUCCGCAAACAUAUCAAACAUCGUCGAAAACUGUCACAGAAUCCCGAUCUGCCAAUGGGUACAAUGGAUCGCUUCCGCGAUCCACGACACCCCAUCAGAACUCGUUGCCACAAUCCAACACACCUCAGCGACUUCAGACUUCCGCUUCGGGAAACCUUUCGGAGCUGGACUCGCUGCUGCAAGAUCUGAGCAGUGCCCGCUAUGGGAACAUUGUGGAGAAACAUCCACCCAACAAUGGAACAACUAGUCCUUCGCCGUAUGCCAUCAACGAAACCAUUAAGCGACCUUCCGUGGACAGUCUGCUUGAUGAACUUAGUGCGGCCAACGCUAACCCCAUCUACGCGGUUCCCUAUGGGAAUCAAUCUCCCAAUCCGCAACCGCAUCCUGGUCGGCAGGUCACCAUCACAGUGCGAGAAACUACUACCGAAAAAAUGACUGGAACACCGAGUGCCAACUAUCAGAAUCAGUUAUAUCAACAACAGGUCGCCCAAAGUGAUCAGUCCAACUAUGCGUCGUCCGCCACCAAGGAGCUAGAUGAUCUAAUGGCGUCUCUAUCCGACUUCAAGAUAACGUCCGGAUCGCAUCAGCUCCAGUCGGUGACGGAUUACGCGAAGCCAAACCAGGGAACCUCGCACUAUCAGAGUACUUUGACGACGGUGACCACGACCGAACAGUUGCCACCGGCCAGUGACCAGUUGGAUUCCAUGCUCGGAAAUCUGCAAGCCGACAUGAGCCGCCAAGGAGUGAAUACCACCCAGAAGGGGUGCUGCAAUGCGUGCGAUAAGCCCAUCGUUGGACAGGUCAUAACGGCGCUGGGCAAGACCUGGCAUCCGGAGCACUUUACGUGCAACCACUGCAACCAGGAGUUGGGCACCAGGAACUUCUUCGAGCGCGAUGGCAACCCGUACUGCGAGUCGGACUAUCACAAUCUGUUUAGUCCACGUUGUGCCUACUGCAAUGGACCGAUUUUGGAUAAAUGCGUAACGGCCCUGGAGAAGACCUGGCACACGGAGCACUUUUUCUGCGCCCAGUGCGGCCAGCAGUUCGGCGAGGAUGGGUUCCACGAGCGCGACGGGAAACCGUACUGCCGCAACGACUACUUCGACAUGUUCGCCCCCAAGUGCAACGGGUGCAACCGGGCCAUCAUGGAGAACUACAUCUCGGCGCUGAACAGCCAGUGGCAUCCGGAUUGUUUCGUGUGCAGGGACUGCCGUCAACCGUUCUUCGGCGGGUCGUUCUUUGACCAUGAGGGUCUGCCCUACUGCGAGACGCACUACCAUGCGAAGCGGGGUUCGCUGUGCGCUGGGUGCUCCAAGCCCAUCACCGGUCGGUGCAUUACGGCCAUGUUCAAGAAAUUCCACCCGGAGCAUUUCGUGUGCGCCUUCUGUCUGAAGCAGCUGAACAAGGGCACCUUCAAGGAGCAGAACGAUAAACCCUACUGCCACCAGUGCUUCGAUAAGCUGUUCGGAUAGAGUGUCGGUAUGUGUCUUGUGUAUAGUUCUAUACGUGUCUACCGUGUCUACACUUUUGUUCUGUGUUUAUCUGUCUGUUCUAUUCCGUGGUAUUGUUUUGGUUCUGUGCUCCGUUGUUCCAUUGUGUAAUGGAGUAGGGUAAAAGUACCAACUGUGGAUAUACUGGUUUCGUAACUGGGCGAAAUAAUUUUUGUUCUGUUACACCUAACGAAUUUAUUUCGUUAGCCCCAAUGAUAGGCAAAUACAAGAACUGUGAUUUGAUGUUAAUCGCAGCUAAGGAGUUUUCUGAGAUUAUUGCGCAGUUUUUCAAAUUAAUUUUACUUACAGAUAAAACACAUUACAAUAGAAAUAUUUUUCUAAAUUCAACAUUACCUACAUUACACCUGCGUCGGAAUAGGAAAUCACUAAAUCCACUUGGUACGCUAACCCUAUAACUGCUUCAUUUUCCGCGAGACGUCCACUCGUUUCGGGCUAAUUUAGAUUAUAAUUUAGAUUUCGUUAUUUUAUGUUCGCGUAAUUUGAUUGAAAUGUUUACUUAAUGGCGGUAUCGAAAUACCAGUUGCGGGUGUUCCAAGAGGAAUGCUCUGCAUCGGUGUGCCACACCCUUGUCAGCCAGGCGACGGGGAUAGGUUUAUUGUGUUUUAUUGUUUUGAUGUGUUCGAAGCCGCAUCACAUUGGGGCUGUAACUGCACAGUUACAGUACGCUGAGAAGAUGCGAAAAAUGAUAUUGAAACAUUGUUGGUUGCAUGACGGACGGGUUUCAACCAGAGUCAAAUAUUUAACGUAUUCGAAUGUCAAUGCGGGAAGCCGUGCAAGUAAAGGCGUAAGGAUUGUAAACUUAAAUCGAAUCACUACCUAAAACUAUUAAGUCAAUCUGUAGUUUAACUGAAAGAUAGGGUUAUUAUAACAGCAAACCAGAUCAGUGUGUUUGUCAACUAAUAAAAUGUUUACUGAAAUUAGGGUUAUUCAAAAGUUAAAGAAAAUGACGAAUCGUUUGGCAACGUGAAAAAAAAACUGAUCGUGGCAAUUUUCAUAAAUAUUCUAUCUAAAAAUAUCUAACAUGUUUGAAUCCGUUGGAGAGCGAUUGAAAUAUGUUGCGAGAUAUAUUAAUAAAACUACAUAAAACAUUAACUUAGGGUUACAAAAACAGACAGAAGGAGUCGAUUGUCAAGCAUCUGCCAACGAUUGUAGGGAAAUAAUUCUAAACUAGAAAAUUGAUCGGUCUCUAACUCAUGUAUUAAACAAACACCCACACUUGCAUACAACUGUGAGCAGUAAUUAAACAUGCUUCGGCAUCAGUUAUCACGUGCGUAAACCUAA